UUAUACAGACACAUGAUCCUUCAAACAAUAUUUCAAAUAAAUUUAUAAAGUAUCUUGCAAAAGGGCCGCUGAGAUGUGAUAAUACCUAUUCAGGAUAUUAUUUGAAUGGUUUUAAAUUUCACACCAUUGGUUAUGGUGGAGCUAAAGAAACAAUGAAUAGUGGAGUUUGCAUAAAAAGGUAUAAACUAUAGUAUAGAUAAAAGUGAUUAUUAUGGCCGAUUGGUAGAAGUUGUACAAGUUGAGUACCCUGGCUUACUAGUCAAGGACAAUAUAAUUCAAGUGUGAGUGGUUUGACCUAACAAGUGUGGGCAUGAAGGUUCAUUCCGGGUAUAAACUUGUUGAACUUAAUCAUAAGCGUAGAUUCAAUCUAGCAAUGCAAGCUGCUCAGAUUUAUUAUUGUACAUACCCAAGUUUGCGUCGCGACAAGUUUGACUGGUGGGCUAUUUGCAAAAUUAAAGUGAGAUCUGAAGUAGAAGUUCCUGAAUUUAAUACCUGCACCAUUUCAAGAAGAAAUUACCGACAAUCAUGAUCUCAUGCAAAUAGAUGAAAGACCCAUUACAUUUAGAUGACCCAAAGGGUGGAGUGAUAGAACUUGAUGGCGAACAUGGUGACAUUGAAGAUGACUUUGAGUUAGAGGAAGAAAUAGAUGACUCAAGUAGAGAUUCAAUAAUAGGAGAUAGUGAUAAUGAUACUAAUAGUUAGUGCAUAGUUUAAAUAGUAAAUGGUAUGUUAAGGGUUCCUUGUCUUCUCUCCAGGUUUUGUGCUUGCGCCGCUCUCAUCCACAAGGCCGCCGCCUCCGCUUGCUUCGCGGAGGCGGCGACCGAUUCUUCCAUCUUCCUCCUCCCAUUCGCCACCAGUAACUCCCUCUGCAACCAUCUCCAUCGCAGACGGUCCGCCUCCAUCGCGUGGUCUCUUGAUUUUCACCCCGCCCAUCGGUUGCUCAUCCAUCUCCAUCGCCACCGGUCACUUCUCCCUCCUUCCAUCCACCUCCUUUUCACACUGCUAAUUUUGGUUUAAUUUUGACUUGCAGCUUCUUUGUUUCCCCUGUUUCCGGUUGAUUUCCCUUUUGCUAUGUUUAUGGUUUUUAAUUUUGCCAGCAGUGUAUUUCCUUUCUCCAUUUGCUUUGUUUACUAGAGUUUAAAUCUGCUAGUAGUUUAUGUUUAUCUCUCGUUGUUUUGGCGAGCUUCUUUCUCUCGUUUUAUUGGCGAGUUCCUUUUUCAUAAAGUGUGAAACAAUUUAUUUGGUUAUGUCGUAUGUGAAUCUCAUCCUGGACACCGAAGAUGACAAUGUAGAAGAGACUCCUCUGAACUAUGAUGUGCAGUUCAACCCGAUGGAGAUAUUGUUAAUGAAAAGAAGAAUGAAAUUUGAUACCCAGGUGAUAUGCAUCAAUAUCAAAGAAGCUGUGGUGGUAGAACUGGACGCAUAAGAGGACGUGGACAAGGUGUAUCGAUUACACCUUCGAGUUCUAGCCCAUCCUCGUCUGCACUUCCUUCUCUUGUGGCACCUCUUCCUACUGUGGUGUUUCCACCUAUUGUGGCACCUGCUUCUAUUGGUUCACCAACUGACUUGCCGAUUUUAUCACCAUCAGACUCUACUGCUCCACUCACAUCCUCAUCAGUUGCAGGAUCUGUUGGUUGUGAUUUGCCUAUUAUUAAUGUAGAUGAUAGGAGGUUGAUACAUUCUCAUGCAUGUUCAGUUAGCAAAGGAUCUACCCUGAUGGGUAUACUUGAAGAAUGUAUCUAAUGAAUACAAGGAAUCAUACUUUGAGGAAUUUAAGG